AUGGCCAGAGAAAUGGAGAAGGCAAGGAAGGCCACUUCUUCCCCUAAUAAGAGAUCACCAAGACACGAACAGCCCCUGAGCUACAACAGGCUUCACACUGAGGAGAGAGCAAUAAGGCGGGCUGGUUACAAUUAUCAGGUUGCAAGCAAGAUAAAUACCCAGGAAAUCAUUCGCAGAUUUGAAGAGAAGCUUGCACAGUUGAUGGAGGAGCGCGAGAUAAAGCUGAUGAGGAAGGAGAUGGUUCCCAAGGCCCAACUUAUGCCAGCAUUUGACAAGCCAUUCCACCCACAAAGGCAAUUAUUAUAUAUAAUAUGA